AAUGGAUUGGUUUGGAUUGAACUGGACUAAAACAAUCAACUGCUUCACCGGGCGGCGUUGCAACCAGCACUACUCCAUACUACAUCCUGUACUCCACAUACUUCCACUACAAACUGCUGGACUUGGUCACAGAAUUCUUCCAUCACUUUAAUGAGUAUCCCCACUCUCAGUCAUUCUUCUUAACCUCGACAUCGCUAUUUUUUCCAACAUCUAAUCGCUUCGCCCUGCACCUUCGUGUCUCCCUAUCUGGCUCGCCGUCGACUUUGACGGGCCAGAAGGGACACAGUUGCUGGUGCGCCGAACUGAUUACAACCCGGCGGGGACUUUGAUGCCUCCCAAGGCUAAAUCGAAAAAUACUCCAAACCAGCACGACAAACGUCACGAGAACGGACUCGCGCCUCCUGGCAAGCGAGUCACGAAACAGCGCUCGACCGGCCAGCUCAAUGGACUUGGCAAUGGCAAACCCACGUCCACCAUUACGCCGCCGGCGCUGCCUUCGACGGGCCUAAAUUCAGGCUUUCGGUUUUCACUACCAGCAGACAGCAACCGAUCAUCAAUUGCAAAUUCUACGACUACCACGACCGCUUCGACGUCCUCAUCUUCCACGGCCAUUCCCAUCGCGGCGAGGAACAAUUCCAUCGUCGAUGUCGCCAGAAAACCCGCGGUAUCACUGGAAGGACAGGCAUUAAGAGAGAGGACGUCUUCAGAUGUGACGGUGGAGGAGAUGGAUGUUUAUGGAGAAUUGGGAAGGGACAGCCUGUACGAGCACUCGGCUUUGCUCGCAGGUGAUUCGGCUGCAUACCGGAGAAAUUCAAUAUAUGCGGCAGGAUCUCUCUCGACCUUUUCCACCAUUCUGGCAUCCUAUCCUCUCCGAGACGCCAUCUGCAUCCUCAUCUUCCUGCUGUGCCUUCCACCUUCUCUGGUCGUGGUCGUCCAAUGCCUCUUUGCUUCGCUCAACUUCGUCCCGCCUACCGCUGGGCUCUCGCUGUCCACUCUGUCCAACAUCAAAGAGAUCUUCAAUUCUUCCAAUGUCGGUUACCCUGCCGUGGCGACAUUGCUUUUUGUCGAUCUAGUCUUCUGGGUCCUCUGGCUGCCGCUAUGGAAGCCCAUCCAGGGCAUCAUCCUGGAUUUGUCCCAGGCAGUCAUCGCAAUCUCUUUGAGUGGUCCAGCGGCCAGCAAUGUCGGGCCGACGUAUAGCAUUGCAACAUGUGCAAUCGCUGUCUGCAUGGUCCAUGUGCUUCGUUAUCGGGCAAUACACCUAACUGCCCUUGAUUACCUCCGCUCCGUCAUCCACAAAGUGGGCAUCAAUUCUCAAUUUGAUAUGCCUUUUUUCGCGACGUCUUUCUAUUCUUCUUCGGCCAUCGAACGGGGAUGGCCUUUUACAAUCGUUCGAACUAUACUCGGAAUACAUAUAUUCGCGCAGGGCAUCACUACCUGCAUCCGUCACACCCUCGUCAAAGCUAAUGAAAAGGAUGCCGACCUGACGUUACCUAAGGUCGAUCCUGAGCAAACGUCUGCUGCAGAUACAACAUCGUCCAGGCUGAACCUAGCCGCGACAGACAUGGUACAGCAGCCGCAUACAGCCCCGAGCACUGAUGGCCGUCCACCAGGACCCUCGCCCGCUUUGCGAGGGUCAUUUCGCGACUCAAAUCACAAAAAGAAGCGAAAACAGGCCAACCAGGUUCGGAAUCAACAGCCGCUCUGGGCCGCUAUUGCUAGUACUAAAGUCACUUUCGUUAAAGAAAUGGAACAGCGAGACGUUGCUGAUGAUGCACGUGAAGCCGCUGUGACGGACAACACUACAACCUCUACACUUGCAAACACUACUAACCACACCACCACCUCUCCUCUCACAAACACUCCCAACGCCAUCGACCGGAUCUGGAUAUAUGAAGUUCGCGAUACUGAAAUCCAUUUCGGUGUCGACCUCUCUGUGCCUUCUGCAACCGCGACGAGCGAAGGACAGUGCAAAGCAGACACCUUACCUUCGACGAUCGAUCGUCUCAAGCCGUUCUUCAUCCGUGUGAACGGCGCCACCUGGAGCUCAACGCGAAUUCACGCCAUGCCAGCCAGUGAAUCAGCCAGCCUUCAGGCGCCCCAUCACUUCAUUGGCGAGAUCUUUGGGCUCGCACCUCUCAGCAGCUACCGCUGCGAGGUUGUAAGCAUUGCCAGGAUGACGCCAUUGUGUUCUGCCAGCUUGAUCACUCGGGCUGCGCCCACAGCUGAGCAAGUAAACGCCGCUCCUCCUCCGCCACAGCAUCCGACCCUUCGGCCUUCUUCGCCGAAGACAACGCUCAAACAGUCAAUCCAAUCUGCUGAAACCAAGCUCAGCGACGCUCGGAAUCGGGCCAGAAAAGCCAAAAAGGACCAGCGAGCAGCGCACGCCCAUGUCAAGAACGAGAUCAGCAAGUUCAGAUCCGCGCUGGAUAAUUCGUCUGCCAAUGAUGAGAAACACGAGCGCCGACUUUUGCAGAUCUCUCAGCACAAGAAACAAGCCGAGGAAGCAACCGCCGAACUGAAGACGCAAAUCGACAGCUUCGGCGAGACUCCCGCGGCAGAGCAAGCAAAAUAUACGGCGAAGAAAGGAGUUUACAAUCUUGCUCUACAGGCGAAGAAAGCUGCGACCCAGGAUCUUGACAGUACGAAAGCUGGCUUGGAGAAGGAUCUCAACUCGGUCAAAUCGGAAAUCUCUUCGGCCGAGGAGAGAAGUGAGAAGCUCAAGGCAAAGAUCACCCAACGCGCUCAAGAAGUGGAGAAUAUGCAAAUCAAACAGCAAGCCGAUCUCGCAGCUCAACAGAAACGGGACACGGACCGCGGUCACAUGUAUCUUGGGCGCCAGAACAAGGAGCAAGAGAUCCGCUAUAUGAUCUCUAGUCUGGAACAUGAGAUGCAGACUCACUCGCGUAAGGCGCAAGAAGUCUGGCACGAGAUCUCCGCUCUCCAGCACUGGCCCGGCCAAGCGCAUCCUAGCUACCCCAGCGGCAACAAUUUCGCUUCGCCCUCGCCUCCAGACAGUCUCAGUUCCAACGGCGCAAUGAACGGCAACAAUGUUCUUCCUUCCUCCUCUCACAACUCCAACGGCUUCUCCUCCAACGGUACCUAUCCUCAUCAAGCCUUCCAGCCUUCUCUCCUCUCCGCCGCCCCACUCUCCACAUCUUCCUUCGCCCCCCGCGGCAGGAGCUCCUCCAUGCUCAGCCAGUACUCCGGCUUCACCGACAAUGGCGACGACACGGCCAUCCCUCCCGAGCACCAACAACAGCCCCGUCACCCCAAUACCUGGCCUUAUCCAACUCCCGACAACAUCAAUCGCAAGGCCAGCGACGGCGAAGCUUCCUCGGAGAAUACCUCGGGCGGAGGCAGUCUGACGAACGGUAGCACCAAUGGCUCUAACAGUCCUCGUCCGGACGCGAAGCCUUUCAUCCCGGCAACGGUGGUUGGUAGGAAAUUGGAGAGUCCUGGCACGAUUGGAUCAGGGAGAUAGAGCGAUUUUCGUGGAAUCCGGUACUGACUGGCUGCCUGUGUGUGUCAGGUGAGGCAAAAGUGGUAGGUGUUUAUUGGUACAUUCUUUGCAAGACAUAGUGCGGCAAUUCAACGUAUGUGUGUGUUCUGGUUUACUUCUACUCCUUUGCUCUCCGUCUGUGCGCGUCUACAUUCCCUGCUUGCUUACACCAACUUUCGUAUUGUUCC